CAAAUUUCCUCCGACCAAUGUUAGGGUUUAUUCGACAGGGAAAUACAAAACAGCGUAUCAUCUGAGUAUAUAUCAACCCCAAUUUCAACUUUAAUUGCUAUAUCUUACUCAAAUUUGUUAAUUUCGUCCACAAUUAUAUCGAUUUCUCACUUCACCAAACACCGAUCUGUAAUCUUACCAUGAAACGGGGGCGAGAGGCUGACAGUGAGGAUGAUGUCUUCACAAAAUCAGGCGCGGAAACUCUGGAUUAUGUGGAUAGUGAAGGAGACGGAUCUGAGUUCGAUAGUGAUGGACUGGCAGAUCAUGAGAGUGAUGGAGAUGAAGACAAUGAAGAUGAUGAUAGUAAUGGAGAUGAAGAUGAUGAAAUUAGUGGGGAGGAAGAAGUUGAAGAUGACGAGGAGAUGGAGAACACAGAAAAUGAAAAGAGGAAUAUUGCUGAGGUUGAAGAAGUAGAGAAGGAAUAUAUAGAGCUUCGUCAAGAGGAGCAAGAUCUCUUAAAGAACUUAAGGAGGCACCAAGAUGAAGAUGUUCUGAAAGGCCAAGCAGUAAAAAACCAGAAGGCUUUAUGGGAUAAGACUCUUGAGUUGAGAUUUCUGCUGCAGAAAGCAUUCUCGAAUUCAAAUAGACUUCCACAGGAUCCUAUAAGAUCCUCAUUUUGUGAUUCCUAUAGUGAAACCAGUGAAGCAUAUUCAGACCUUAUAACGACAUCAAAGAAGACCUUGGAUUCUAUACAGAAACUGCAGGAGGCCCUACUUGAGAAGAAUCCAACAAUUACUCAGGGUGCUGAUGGUACUUCUGGAAAAAAUACCAAGCAAUUGAAAGCUUCUGAAAAUUUGAUUGCGGAAGAAGAUCAGGAGUGGUCAAAGAUAUCUGAAAUGCAGUCAAGAAUAGUCUCUUUUAGGAAUAAAUCAGUGGAUAAAUGGCAGAGGAGAACACAGGUGACCACUGGCGCUACUGCAAUUAAAGGAAAAUUGCAAGCCUUUAAUCAGAGUAUCAGUGAUCAAGUUUCUGCUUAUAUGAGGGAUCCUAGUAGGAUGGUCAACGGAAUGCAGCAGAGGAGAUCAGCCAUCGCUAUAUUUGGAACUGAUCCAGAAACCUCUAAUAUCACCAAGGAAGAGGAGGUAAAUGGUGAUCCAGAGCUUCUUGAUGACUCUGAAUUUUAUCAGCAGUUGCUAAAAGAAUUCUUUGAGACAAUUGAUCCAACCUCAUCUGAGGCUGCAUUUUAUGCUUUGAAGAGGAUGCAAACUAAGAAGCGGAAAGUUGUUGAUCAGCGUGCUUCAAAAAGUCGCAAAAUUAGAUACCAUGUUCUUGAAAAGAUUGUCAAUUUUAUGGCUCCUCGGUCCAUGAACCUUCCACCAGUGGCUCCAAAAUUGUUCGAGAAUCUUUUCGGCCUCAAGGUGCAGAAAGCUGCUUGAGCAUUAUCAGACUUUUAUAAAAAUUAAAGCAUAUCCUAGAAAUUGUGGUUUAGUAACACUACAAUAUGUUUUGGAAUAGUACUUGGUAGUUGGCCGCAGUUUGUUUGCCAGGUAAAACAUUUUCUAGGAAAAUGUUCAUGUUUCUCAGAAUUCAAACAGUGGGUGCAGAAAAACCAAAAAUUUUGAAAAGAAAAAUUUAAAA